CUUUUUUUUGCUCGUUGAAUUUUCUACGAAUUGUCCAAAACAGAGUGUACAAACUCAAAUUUACUAAAACUAUCACGUGUUCUGGUAACCAUAUAACUCAGCCUCUCAAGAUCCUUACCACGGUAGAACUGGCUCUCAAGUCUCAAGUGUGUCCUGAUAGGACUCUAUCUCUCGCAAUCCUACCAUAGAAUUGAACUAUCGCCUGCAUUAAUGCCUAUAUAUAUAUAUACUUGUUAUUACAAGAACGUAACUUACAACUCCUUCUACUGUAAUAGUCAUCUAUACUUGCAGAAAAAUCGCAUCCGGUGAGGUAGCCAAAAUGGGGAAAUCUGCACGACCCUUUAUGACAGCCUUUCUUGUGCUGGUUUUGUGCUUCCUGGCCGCCAUGGCAGACGCUGAAUACCUCAAGUACAAGGACCCUAAGCAGCCACUGGGUGCUAGGAUCAGAGAUUUGAUGAAAAGGAUGAGCCUUGCGGAGAAAAUCGGGCAGAUGACUCAGAUUGAGAGGAAUGUUGCCACUGCUGAUGUUAUGAAGCAAUACUUCAUCGGGAGUGUUUUGAGUGGAGGAGGAAGUGUGCCUAAACAAAAUGCCAGAGCUGAAGAUUGGAUGGACAUGGUGGAUGAUCUUCAGAAAGGGGCACUUUCUACCCGUCUUGGGAUUCCUAUGAUUUAUGGAAUUGAUGCAGUUCAUGGCCACAAUAAUGUCUACCAGGCUACUAUUUUUCCUCACAAUAUUGGGCUUGGUGCCACCAGGGAUCCGGAGCUAGUGAAAAGGAUUGGAGCAGCAACUGCACUUGAAGUUAGAGCUACAGGAAUCCAAUAUGCUUUUGCUCCCUGCAUUGCUGUUUGUAGGGAUCCGAGAUGGGGACGAUGUUACGAAAGCUACAGUGAAGAUCACAAGAUUGUGCGAAUGAUGACUGAGCUAAUCCCUGGUUUGCAAGGAGAUCGCCCAGCUAAUUACUCCUAUGGUGUUCCAUUUGUUGCUGGAAAGAACAAAGUAGCAGCAUGUGCGAAGCAUUUUGUGGGUGACGGGGGAACAGUUAGGGGGAUUGAUGAGAACAACACGGUAAUAGGCGCAACGGAGCUGUUCAGCAUUCACAUGCCGGCAUAUUAUGAUUCCAUCAGGAAAGGUGUUGCUACCGUUAUGGUUUCUUACUCGAGCAUUAACGGCCAUAAGAUGCAUGCUAACGGCAAACUUGUCACUGGCUUCCUCAAGAACCAGCUCAAGUUCAGGGGAUUUGUGAUUUCAGAUUGGGAGGGCAUUGAUAGAAUUACCAACCCGCCUAAGGCUAAUUACACUUAUUCGGUACAAGCUGGGAUUCUUGCUGGGAUUGACAUGGUCAUGGUCCCUCAGAAUUACAAAGAUUACAUUGGCAAUUUGACUGAUCUGGUGAAUAAGAAAGUGAUUCCAAUGAGUAGAAUUGACGAUGCUGUGAGGAGGAUACUGAGGGUCAAGUUUGGCAUGGGUCUCUUUGAGAAUCCAUUGGCUGAUCAUAGCCUUGCCAACCAACUUGGAAGCCAGGAGCACAGGGACUUGGCGCGGGAAGCUGUGAGGAAAUCGUUGGUGCUUCUAAAGAACGGAAAGAGUUCCACACAUCCAUUACUUCCCCUUCCCAAGAAAGCACACAAGAUUCUUGUUGCUGGAAGUCAUGCACACAACUUGGGAUACCAAUGCGGUGGCUGGACUGUUGAAUGGCAAGGCUUUAAUGGCAAUAACCGCACCAUUGGAACCACCAUUUUAAGUGCGAUAAACAAAACGGUUGAUCCUUCAACGCAAGUUGUGUACCAAGAGAAUCCAGACACCAACUUUGUGAAGUCCAAUAAUUUCUCGUAUGCCAUUGUGGUCGUGGGCGAGCCCCCAUAUGCAGAAAUGUAUGGUGAUAGCACGAACCUAACUAUAACGGGAACGGGUGGCAAUGUAACUAUAGACAAUGUUUGUGGGUCAAUCAAGUGUGUGGUGCUUGUGAUUUCGGGACGGCCUGUUGUGAUUGCCCCUUAUGUUGAAAAAAUAGAUGCUCUUGUUGCGGCGUGGCUGCCUGGAACCGAAGGGCAGGGGGUCACUGAUGCCUUGUUUGGGGACUAUGGAUUCACAGGCAAGCUUGCCCGAACAUGGUUCAAGACGGUUGACCAGCUCCCGAUGAAUGUAGGAGACAAGCAUUAUGAUCCGCUCUUCCCUUUCGGGUUUGGCCUCACAACUCAGCCUCUGAAGAAGUAGCAUUGUCGCAGUAGUAUAUAUAGCUGUAUUACAUAAUUUACAUGCGUAACUCGUCAAGGUUGCCAUUUUUUGUUUUGUUCUUUUGUUCUUUGUUUCCUUUUCUUUUCCAUAUUACAUAUAUCUACCCUUGGCUUACUGUUAACGUUUGGUUCAUGUGUGCAUUAAUAGUUUAUUUUAAACUUGAGAUUAUCAAUUAAUUUCUAUCUACUGGCCGGCUUGCAAUAUCUUGUUGUCUCA